ACCGCGGUAGUAGUGGGGUCGUCGUCGUGUCGCCGGCAUCAGGAGAAGCGUGGCGUGGAGCGUGAGUUGGUAGGCCUGGCCCGUAAGCGAGAGACCGGAGUCGUGGCCUGUCAGAGUCCACAGUCCUAACUCGGCCUCAGGCUGCGAUAGAUCGUAUCUACUGCGGCUUCGAUACCUGCCGCGGAGCAGUCAUCCGAAUCUCGCGCGAGGAAUCGCGAUUGGCGAGUGGCGCAACCGGGGACCAUCCCCUCUCCCUCUUCUGUCCUGUUCCUUUUCGCCGGCCUGAUCCUUUACCGAUCUCGACUGAUCGCGAGUGACCGAACGACCUUCGAGUAGUAGCAGUUCGAAACAUCCCUCGUGGGUGACCGCCCAUCUCACCCCGUCACAGAAAUUUUCCUUGUCCUCGCCGGUCCUCGCGUUACCGAUCUUCUGCCGAUCGUCAUCGGACAAGUGAACGCGCGAGGGCGGAUUACCACGAUCGCGUUCGUGAGAGAACGAGAUAUCGGGAUACUAUUACGGGAGAUGCCCUCGACAUCACGGUGUUGUCAAGACCACGUCUGAGCGAACGAGUUAUAAAUCAGAUCGAAAGAUGCAGACAGCACCGCCUCUGUUGUCGUUCCUCCUGAUUCUGCUGUAUCAAUCAGGAUCGACCCAUGGACUUUGCAAUCUGGACAACGACACCGCAGUAUGGUGCCACAAACUGGAAGACCUCAAGACGAUCGACACGCAGAAUCUGGAAUAUCUGAAGAUCUUGAAUGUGCAGGACACUUUAGUCCCGGAUCAGUUUAGCAAUUUGGACAACCUUAAACAUCUGGAUCUGUCUAAUGGCGACUUAAAGAACAUUGAGCCGAGAAGCUUUCGAACGUUGAACAAUUUGAGAAGUCUGAAUCUCGGUGAUAACCACAUCGAGGACCUGGAACUGUCCUCCUUGGAAGGUCUGAUUCACCUGCGGAGCCUGAAUUUGCGUAGGAAUGCUAUCCGGCAGCUGCCGCCUGCAUUGGCACGUCUCAAGAGCCUCAAGCAUCUGGAUAUCCACAGUAAUCCGCUUCAGUGCAACUGUGCUACCCUCAAGGUGCGUGAUCUUAUCGUGCAGAGGGGCGUGACCGUGUCGAAGAAGGUCGUAUGCGCAGGACCCGGUAAUAUGAAGGGCACAUCACUGAUGAAGCCAACCGCGGCAAUCAUUUGCAGCUUCGAGCAGCAGGAUCGAGAAAUGCAAAACGAUCAAGCCCACGAGGGCUCCGGGACGGAUCUAGAAUCCGAAGAUGUAUUCGAUCAACUGAACGAGGAAGACGAGGAAGAAGAGGAGGAGGAGGAAAAGGAGGAGAAAAAUGAGAAGGAGAAGGAUGAAAAGGAAGAGGAGGACGAGUACGUGGAGGUCAACAACGGCACCUCGGAGAAACCGAAAGAGCCGGAGAUCGAGACGCCUUUCCCAACGGGAGAUUCCACGACAAAAUCCUCCGCGUCCAUUGUCUCAUCGAAGGAGAUUGCAUCCGUGACAACCACAAUGACGAAUUCCUUGCAACGUACCACCGAAGAUGAGAUCUUCUUCGACAGUGAUGAGAAGAAGGAGCACACGUCCACGAUAUCGUCCGAGACAUCGCGGAAGGACGAUAACUUCAAGGAUGGCUUAUUUUACCCAACGUCGAGCUCGGGUGAUGGAGACGAUGGUUCCGGCGAAGGGUCUGGCGCCGGCUUCUCACAUUACGACGAGGAAAAAACUGAAAAGGAAGAUAACGAGGAACCGUCAUUCUUCUCGGGAACCAGUAUAUUGGACGCGUUCUUUGGUUUACUGGGAACUACAGCGGCUCCGACAAAGACCAAAGUCCCGGAGCUCGAGGAGGAGCAGUUUAUAGAUGCGUCGUCCACUGAGGUGGCCGUCAAGGAGACGAUCGUACCGAGCAAGAGCCAUCCUGUUGAAUCAGAUAAAGGUGUUACCACGAACAUCCCGAUACCGGUCUCGAUAGGCAACAGCGUAGAGGUAUUGAAAUCCGCCAGCACGGAUGGCGAGUCCAAGUCGGGCAACGUGAAGGCCGAGGUGGACAGCUUGAAUGAUGAGCAGGCCAACACGUCUCUGGCCAAGCAGUCCAAGAAGGGCAUGGGCUCGUACGUCGUUCUGGGGAUUCUGCUCGCUGUCGUCGCGGGAUUGAUCGGCUUCGCCGCGUACAGGGGCAAGCUGUGCAACAAGAAGAGGAAACGAAGCGACGUGGAGAACGGCACCGAGCUGAAGGACAUGCAGAAAUCCCUGCUUCCGGAUGCCGGAAAUGCCACUCAACCGAAAAUCGCUUCCAACGGGAACACCGAGAGCGUUCCUCUCGUGGAAGGCGCCCCCGAUGGCGAGGACGCAAAGGCCGACAAGAUUCGCAGCGACGAUCAUCAGACCCAAGAAGCCCCGAGGUCUCUCAACGGUAUCGCUGAUCAUGCGGAUCCCGUGAAACCUCCCAGGAAGCUGAUCACGCAAGACGAGCAGAAGAACGAGGAGAGGCCUCGCGUGGACGUGAAUUCUCUGCGGGAGAAUUUCUUGGCAGGCGGAAUCAGCCCCAUGCAGCCCUUCGAGUCAUCGGUGGCUGCGAUGAACAAUGGGCCAACGACGCACGGCAUCUCGGAGCCCAACGGGCCGCCGCUCAGCCCUGGUGCGCAGAGAGUGAAGAUCACCCUGCAGGAGAUUCCCGACAGUGUGCCAAAGACGCCCAUACUCAUCACGCGAACGAUGGCUGGUGAGAAUCUAGUCAAGACGCCAUGAAGCAGUGCCCAGAGGAGAGUCUACGCGAGAUAACAUUACGAACGUUACGAUCGUCGAUCGACACCAACGUGCUCGUGUGUUGAACGAGAUGCGGGAGACGAAAUACACGUGACGCAAAAGGGGGAGAGAGGUUCACGUCGGCGAACGAGUGCGUCCCAGACGUGAUUAAUAAUGACGCCGUUGUUCCUUAGGCCUUACGCGUAGGGGGCCUUCCCCCGCGAUGGACUUUCGUGAUAAGAAAAAUUACCGUGUCCAGAGACCACACACGCGCCGACAGUAGCAAGGGACACUAUUGUUUCCGGCAGGAAGCUGAACAUGUGCAAUAGUCGGCCUGUACGGUUUGUAAUCUCGAGCCGCUUCGUUGAACAAUCGGACGCGCGUUGUACGUCGGGAACUUUAUAUGUAUAUAUUUGCUGAAACUGCACUUGUGCAGAAAUGUCUUGUGCUGCGUACUUUUCCUUGCUUAACAUUAUCUUAUCCAAGCAGUUUUUAAUUCCUGAUGUAUUAAAUAUAUGAGUGACCAAAAUUAAAAUUAGAAAUUUAUUUAAAAUUAAAUUCAACUAAAAUUAAGUCUAAAAUUCUUCGUUAUACGUAAUUCCAUUUUUGAAAGCGGAUUAUUAAAAUUUUAUUAUUUUUAUCUCGUAUAAUUGUUCUUGUCUGCUAUCUAGAUAUUAUUUUAAUUGACGCUUCUCUCAAAAGUGGAGAAAAUAGAGAUCUAGAACACUCGACAUCACGACUGUAAAGAUCCGCGGGUGGAGGAACGUCCGAAGUUAACUAUAGUGCACUAGUCAGUCUUCCUAACGGAUCUCGCGUGUCCUGCAAGCGCCAGAGCGGGGACCUCGAGUAUCCCGAGUAUUCGUUAUCGCGCGAGAUUGCAUCGCGAGGAUCCUUGGAUCACUCGAGGAUCGGUAACGCAUGCUGCACGUUAGCGAGAGAAACCGGGAGCAUUCCAGUUCUGCCAUAUUUUUCUACGAGAGCUUUGUUGAGGAUUAUAUACUUCGUCGGUCUUGCGCCGUUCUUCGGCAAAUCCGCAGAUUGUUUGCCUAUACGAAAUGGCGUGUCUUGUAAUUUUAGCGCGGCGUUUUAAGGUACACACAUGUUCAUGCGACUAGACGUGAGAAAUUUGUAAUUCAACGAGGAGGAAGUAUGAGGAAUCACCUUUGGGUGACGACUUACCAGACGGAGUUGCGAAGAGUUGCAACUGCUUAGAGAGCGAUUUGACGCCACACAGCUAUGGGACUCAUUAUCCACGUCGGAGGCGAAAUAUAUACGUAAUAAUCCCUUUAUCACGUUAUUCCUUGUGCGGAUACGAUCCCUUCCCGACUGGCGAUUACUUCGCGAUUGCGCGAAAGACAAAAACCUUUCAGGAAGACGGCGACUUGCGUUUCAUAUGCGUUAUUAACAUAUUUAUUCGCUGCGCACGGCGCGGAUUAAUGCGGGGCUCCGCGAAGGAGACGUACGCGUAACGCUCGCUCCGUGGACGUUGAUCGUUGAUUAUCAGUCAAAUGGACGCGUCACAAUCACAGUUGUCCUCGGAGUGACGAAGCGCCACGACAGGCUAUCGUAUUAUCGUAAUAUAUCGACAACGUUUCACAUAUGAUUCUCCAAGCCAAAUCUGUCGAAUGCCGCAUAAGACGUAUAAGAUUUAAUUUUAAGAUAACGCGGAUCCCGUUAGAUCGACUUGUCCUAGGCGAUAUGCAUCGUCGGAUUUAAUUAGGGAAAUGCGAUAAAGUAAGCAGCUCGGUGAAGAUUGAAAGACUUUAUUUAUAUGUUCAGUCUUUGAUCAAUAAAGAGAGAGUGUUAUUUUGUUGA